AAACAUCAGGCGAAGGAGAAGAUCACCGAGGCUGGGGAGGACAGUCUCUUCGCGCCAUUGGAACAAUUGACGCAACAGACGAAGAAAGCCAUGGGCGAAGCAACGAAAUCUGUUCAGGAGGCAUCGAAGACCGCUCUGGAGGCGAGCAAAACGGCAGCUGGAGUCAGUAAAAAUACACUCGACGAUUUGACAUACGUGGGCAAGAGCACGUUUGGGGACUUGACGAAAAGUGCCAAAGAGGUUGCUACGAAGAAAGGUUUACUCAAGGGUCUUGGCGAUUCGCAGCAAUCACCACCAUCGCCUCCUGGCAUGUUACAACGAAGGGAUUCGAGUAGCACGCAAUUGGUCGCUUCGGAUAAUCGCGGAGGGCGCCGGGACAUCGGACGUGAUUUUUUCAGCAAUAUUAGUAGUGAUUUAAACGGCAUUGCUACGCAAACGAGCAACAUGUUUAGCGAUUUGUUUGGUAGUAAAAGUAGUUCUAAUCGAAAUACCGGCCUCCUUCAGUCUCAAAAGGCGGACAAGAAGACACCAAUACUCGGACCCUUCCCCAAAAGUAUUUAUCAUCCUUUCAAUUG